CCUCCUCCUCCGUCACCUCCCACUGAGGACCCGCCGCCGCCCCCCGCCCCGCGAGGCCUAUGUGACCGGCGGCGCCGCCGGGACAGCCCAGCGCCAUCAUGGACGCCGUCAACGCUUUCAACCAGGAGCUGUUUUCUCUCAUGGAUAUGAAGCCCCCCAUUUCUCGAGCAAAGAUGAUUCUGAUUACAAAAGCUGCCAUUAAAGCGAUUAAGCUUUACAAGCACGUAGUCCAGAUUGUGGAAAAGUUCAUCAAAAAGUGUAAACCAGAAUACAAGGUUCCAGGAUUGUAUGUAAUUGACUCCAUUGUGCGUCAGUCCCGUCACCAGUUUGGAACGGAUAAGGAUGUGUUUGGGCCAAGAUUCUCUAAAAACAUAACUGCCACAUUCCAGUAUUUAUAUCUCUGCCCUUCUGAAGAUAAGAGUAAAAUAGUUCGCGUCUUGAACCUUUGGCAGAAGAAUGGAGUGUUUAAAAUUGAGAUUAUUCAGCCACUUCUGGACAUGGCAGCGGGAGCUAGCAGUGCGGCUCCAGUGGCUGAAAACGCCACCAACAAUGAAGGGUCACCGCCACCACCGAUCAAAGUUUCUUCAGAGCCUCCUCCGGUCACUACAAAUUCGGUACCUAACGUGCCACAGUUACCUAGUUCUGAUGCCUUUGCAGCCGUGGCCCAGCUGUUCCAGUCAACUCAAGGGCAGCAGCUUCAGCAGAUUCUUCAGACGUUUCAGCAACCCCCAAAGCCCCAAUCUCCGGCCAUCGAUAGUUCUGUAAUGGCUCAGGUCCAAGCUAUAACCGCUCAAUUGAAGACCGCCACAGCUCAGCCGGAACCCAGAGCUGCUUUCCCCCAACCUGAACAGAAAACUACAUUUGAUAAGAAGCUGCUUGAUCGAUUUGACUAUGACGAUGAGCCAGAAGCCACCGAAGAGUCGAAGAAGGAGGAUUCUGCUCCGUCUCCUUCUCUGUCUCAGCCGCCGUUUGGAUUUGCAGGAGAUGGCCUGCAGCAGCCGGCAUAUUCCCAGCUCCCGGCUGUGGAUCCUUUUCAGCAACGAUUGGUGGGGAUGCAGCAGGAUGCUACGCGCCAACAGGUGCCCCUGCCCCCGAACGGACAGAUGCCGGGAUUUGGCCUGCUCCCUACGCCUCCGUUUCCUUCCAUGGCUCAGCCUGCGGUGCCCGCGACCCCCCAGGUCCAGCAGUCGUUCCAAGCGCCAUUCCAGGCACCGAGCGAACCGCAGGCGCAGAAAGCUCAUCAACAGGAGAUGGAAGUUGAACAGCCAUGUAAUCAAGAAGUCAAACGUCACGUGUCUGACAGCAGGAAGUCGAGAUCUAGGUCGGCGUCCAGGUCUCCAAAGAGGAGGCGAUCCAGGUCGGGUUCUAGAUCGCGGAGGUCCCGUCACAGACGUUCUCGCUCCCGGUCCCGGGACAGGCGCCGUCACUCUCCGAGAUCUCGCUCCCAGGAGAGGCGGGAGCGAGAGAAAGAGCGUGAACGCCGGCAGAAAGGGCUUCCUCCCAUCAAAGCAGAAACCGCCAGUGUUUGUAGCACUACUCUUUGGGUCGGACAGCUGGACAAAAGAACUACGCAGCAGGAUGUCGCCAGCCUUUUGGAGGAGUUUGGCCCGAUUGAAUCCAUCAAUAUGAUUCCUCCUCGAGGUUGUGCCUACAUCGUGAUGGUCCACAGGCAAGAUGCUUACCGGGCGUUGCAGAAACUGAGCCGGGGAAACUACAAAGUCAACCAGAAAUCCAUAAAGAUUGCUUGGGCCUUAAACAAAGGAAUCAAGACCGAUUAUAAGCAGUAUUGGGAUGUGGAACUCGGGGUCACCUACGUACCGUGGGACAAAGUGAAGCCCGAAGAUCUCGAAAGCUUCUGUGAAGGUGGAGUGUUGGACAAUGAAACCCUCAAUCCAGAUUGGAAGGGAAUUCCUAAGAAAUCGGAGAAUGAAGUGGCUCAGAAUGGAGGUGCAGAAACCACUCAGGCGGAGGCGGUGUCUCCCCUCCCUAAGGCUCUUCCUGUUCCCGUCCCCCCGAUUCCAGUGCCUGCCCCUAUCACCGUGCCUCCUCCUCAGGUCCCACCGCAUCAGCCCGGCCCGCCGGGAGUGGGUGCCCUCCAGCCGCCCACCUUCACGCCUCCUUUAGGAAUUCCCCCUCCGGGAUUCGCCCACGGAGUCCCCCCUCCGCCCCCGCCGCCGUUCUUGCGUCCCGGUUUCAAUCCGAUGCACCUGCCUCCAGGUUUUCUUCCUCCCGGACCCCCACCUCCCCUAACUCCCCCGGUGUCUAUUCCUCCUCCGCACACUCCGCCCAUCACCAUCCCGAACUUGGUUUCUGGGGCUCGAGGCAGCACCGAGUCGAGUGACGGUGUGAAAAUGUACGGCUCGGCUGCACCCCCCUCCGGGCCCGCGCCCCCCACCGCCGCCGCGGCCGCCACCGCCACCCAGCCCAUCUCACUGCUCGGCACCCAAGGAGUGGCCCCCGGCCCCGUAAUGGGCCUGCAGGCGCCAUCGACCGGGCUCCUGGGCGCCCGCCCUGGGCUGAUCCCGCUGCAGCGGCCCCCGGGCAUGCCUCCCCCGCACCUGCCGCGGUUCCCGCUCAUGCCGCCCCGCCCUAUGCCGCCGCACAUGCUGCACCGCGGGCCCCCGCCGGGCCCCGGGGGCUACGGGAUGCCCCCGCCUCAUGGCAUGAAAGGCCCCUUCCCCCCCCACGGCCCCUUCGUCCGGCCGGGAGGGAUGCCCGGCCUUGGGGGGCCGGGGCCGGGCCCCGGUGGCCCUGAAGAGCGAGAGGGGCGGCAGCAGCAGCCGCAGCAGCAACCACCCUCGCAGCAGCCGCAACAGCCGCAGCAACAGCAGCCGCAACAGCAGCAGCAGCAGCCGCAGCCUCCGCAGCAGCCGCCGCAAGGAUUUCGGAACGACAGCCGGCACCAGUUCAACUCCGGUAGAGACCAAGAACGGUUUGGCCGGAGAUCCUACGGCUCUCGGGCGGACAACGACCGGGAGCGCUACGGGAGCCGCGCGGAUGACAGGGAGAGUGGCGGGAGCCGGGAGAGGAGGGAGUGGGGCAGGAGGAGCCCCGAGCGGGACAGGUCCCGGGACACGGAGGAGAGGAACAGGCGGUCCGGCGGGCACCGGGACCGAGACCGGGAUUCCCGGGACAGGGAGCCGCGGAAAGAGAAGGAGGAGACGAGCCGAGGCAAGGAGAAGACGGAGGCGGCGGACCGGGCCGGGGGGGACAAAGCCCUGGAACCCGUCGGUGGGCCCACGGGGUCCGCGGCCCCGGCCACGGACCUGGGGAAAGGGGAGGGCGAGCCCCCCGCCCCCGCCCCCGCCGCCGAAGAGUUCCCACCUCAGGCUACCUCAUCCGGCGGCGAUCCCAAGAAGGAUCCGGGCCCGGCCCCGGAGGCCGCCCGCUAGACACUGGGGGCGGAGGCGGAGGCGGCGGCGGAGGGCGGAGGGCGGAGGCGGCCGCCGCCGCGGGAGAGGCAGCGGAGGAGGGCUCGGGUGUCGAGGCGUGUACAGAUGCUGUAUUAUAUUUCUGCUUCUGCUAGGUCCCAGUCCAGCCCCUCGGUAGUCGGUGAGAAUUGGAAGCAAUUUGAUUGCUUCCCUUCUAUUUAAAAUAGCCACAAAAUAACAAAAAAUCCUGAAGGUAUGAAUAAAAUAUUACCCCUUUUGGCUGUAA